AUGUCAACAUCAGAGAACACAACAACAGUUAUAGUCCAUGAAGCUAUAAAUGAAGAAUACGAGUACAUACAGUAUAACAAACAACUCCGUCUCAUUCGUUCGGUCAAAGACGAUAUGUACCAAAUGCAAAGUAUUUUGACAGCAUGUUUUGCUCCAGAUACUAAGCUUCCUAAAGACUGGUUUAGGAACCAAAGCACACAAGAACUUUUGAGCGAAGCACAGCGAGACAUACUUUUUUCUGAAAACAGUGAAGAACAGCGAGUAGGUAAAAAAUCCUGGUCGCCAAAACUCUAUGAAAAUCGUGAAAAAUUGCCAAACGGUUUGAGAGGAUAUUAUGUACAUAGACUUCUUGUAAAUGCUGUAGCAAUGUGGGCUUCGCCUCGUUAUGCUUGGUAUAUUUACAGACUUCUUGACGAAAUUCAUAGACAAGAACGUGAAGAGAUGGAAAAGAAACUUCAAGCAAAAGAUGAAGUCAUUGAAGCAAAAGACAAAAGCAUUCAGAAAAGAAUACCACGUUCGGUACCAAAAGGAAAGGAAAAGAACUAUAAGUAUAUGAUUUAUACUGAAGAGAUGGAAAAUGAAGAAGAUAAAGAUAUGGUUAUGUUGCAUUUAGUCAGAAGAAACAACAAAAGCUUUUACGACCUUGCUAAGAUUUACAAAUCUGACAGAAAUUGGUUCUAUCGCGAAAACUUACCGAUUUCAAUGACCCCAAAUGAAGAUGUGAAACAAAUAGUUCAAGAUACGUUACCUCAAACACACUAUGAUAUUAAAGGUUGUACAAUACUUACCUUCAAAGAAGAUUUGCCAUUGUUAAAGGAAAAAAUAACAGAGUAUUUUGACAACUUCAAACAAGCAGAGUAA